GGCAAGGUUGAUCGUCCCAAUUUCAUCAACAUGGCGGCGCACUGGCUUUCUCCAUCACUGAACAGGCUCCUGUUUGGUUUAAAGAAUGCGUCCUUCCAGUACAGAUGCUGUGCAGUGCACAGCAAAGCUCAGUAUUCUACUGUUUACAAUUCUUCUGAAAAGACCUUUGAUAAGAUCCUCAUUGCCAACAGAGGAGAAAUUGCUUGCAGGGUGAUCAAAACUUGUAAGAAGAUGGGCAUCCAGACUGUAGCUGUUCACAGUGAUGUGGACUCCAGUGCUGUUCAUGUAAAAAUGGCUGAUGAAGCACUGUGUGUUGGCCCUGCCCCGACAAGUAAGAGCUACCUGAACAUGGAUGCAAUCAUGGAAGCCAUUAGAGUCACUGGAGCACAAGCUGUUCAUCCUGGUUAUGGAUUUCUCUCUGAAAACAAAGAGUUUGCAAAACGGCUGGCAGCAGAUGGUGUGGCUUUCAUUGGCCCAGACACUCAUGCUAUCCAGGCAAUGGGGGACAAAAUUGAGAGCAAGCUGAUUGCUAAGGCUGCAAAGGUCAACACAAUCCCAGGAUAUGAUGGAGUUGUUAAGACCGCUGAGGAAGCUGUAAAGAUCGCACAAGAGAUCGGCUACCCAGUGAUGAUCAAAGCAUCUGCAGGAGGAGGGGGGAAAGGAAUGAGGAUUGCUUGGAAUAAUGAGGAGACAAGGGAAGGUUUCCGAUUCUCUUCCCAAGAGGCAGCUUCCAGCUUUGGAGAUGACAGGCUGCUCAUUGAGAAAUACAUAGAUAACCCUAGACAUAUAGAAAUACAGGUGCUGGCUGAUAAACAUGGCAAUGCUCUGUGGCUGAACGAGAGGGAAUGUUCCAUCCAGAGGAGGAACCAGAAGGUGGUGGAAGAAGCUCCAAGUACUUUCCUCGACUCAGUGACACGACAGGCCAUGGGUGAGCAGGCAGUGCAGUUAGCCAAGGCAGUGCAGUACUCCUCUGCUGGCACUGUGGAGUUCCUGGUUGAUUCUACGAAGAACUUCUACUUUCUUGAGAUGAACACACGGCUUCAGGUGGAACAUCCCAUUACAGAGUGCAUUACCGGCCUGGACCUGGUGGAGCAGAUGAUCAGGGUUGCUAAGGGUUACAGACUCCAGCAUAAACAAGAGGAUAUCCCAAUAAAUGGCUGGGCCAUAGAGAGUCGUGUCUACGCUGAGGAUCCUUACAAAUCUUUUGGACUUCCCUCCAUUGGCCGUCUAUCUCAAUACCAAGAGCCGGUCAACCUCAGCAAUGUCCGUGUAGAUAGUGGGAUCCAGGAGGGAAGUGACAUCAGUAUCUACUAUGAUCCCAUGAUCUCUAAGUUGGUUACCUAUGGAGCAACACGACUUGAAGCCCUUUCCAGGAUGGAGGAGGCUCUGGAUAACUAUGUUAUUAGAGGUGUAACCCACAACAUCCCCCUCCUGAGAGAAAUCAUCACACACCCUCGUUUUAUCUCCGGUGACAUCAGCACCAACUUCUUGCCCGAGGUUUACCCUGAUGGUUUCAAAGGUCACCAGCUAGAGAAGGAAAAUUGCAGGGAGCUGUUGGCCUCAGCAGCAGCAAUCCACAUCACUGCUCAGCUCCGUUCACAGAAGGUCCUGGGCAACCUAAGGGUAUCCUCCACCCCUAUGGAAUGUAGCAACUGGGAAAUGUGUGUGGAGCUGGGGGAUGGAUGCUAUUCUAUGGAGGUCACCAAGUCAGGAAAUGUGUAUACAGUGGAGGUGGAUGGAGGAGUGGUGGAAGUCAAAGGAGAGUGGAAUCUGGCAUCCCCACUGCUGCCACUCACCAUCAAUGGUACCCAAAGAAUGCUUCAGUGUCUGUCCAGAGACUCUUCUGGAAACAUUGUCUUGCAGUACCUGGGCACAUCGUUUAAGGUUCGUGUACUAUCCAAGUUGGCAGCAGCGUUGAACUCCUUCAUGCCAGAGAAAAUUCCAGAAGAUACAAGCAGCAUAUUGCGUUCGCCAAUGCCAGGCACAGUGGUGGCUGUGUCUGUCAAGCCAGGAGAUACGGUUGCAGAGGGUCAGGAGAUAUGUGUGAUUGAAGCCAUGAAGAUGCAGAACAGUUUGACUGCUGUCAAGCAAGCAAAGGUCAAGAGCGUCCAUUGUAGGCAAGGGGAGACAGUGGGGGAGGGAGACCUUCUGGUAGAGCUCGAGUAAAACAUAACCUGUAGCCUUUGAUGUGUGAGCGGAUGAGCUGACAGAGGAAGACCCAAGAAGAAGCUUUUCAAACACUGGACAAUGACAGAUCAUCUUUUUAUGCCAGUGGUCAGUCUCCACAUGGACCCCCAGCAGAGUUGAGUUUCCCUGAUGGCGACUCAGAGCUCAGCUGUAUCAGCUGUUUCAAUGUGUCUUCUCUACAUAGUGGAUUCCUUUACAUUACUUUGUUUGAUGCAAUUUUCUGAGUUUUUCGUUGGUGCUAUUUUUUCUGUAUCUGAUUUUUGGUCAGUUACAAAAAAUGAAAAAAAGUUGGGUUUUUUUCCUUUGUCAAUAGUUUUGGUUUAUGUCGCAAAGUUUUGUGAUAUAAACAUGUAUAUCCACAAAACAUAUCCACAUUUAUCCACAAAUUAAUUCACAUACAAUGCAAGUACAGAUGAUUUUCUGUGACUUAACCACAAAAAACCUUCCAUUAACCUCUAUUAUACUGAAGUAGAGACAAAAGAGACACAAAGCCAAAAGUAUUUGUAUAGCUUGAAAAAAAAAUGUCUGUAGCAAUUUGGUUGCACAUACUGUACAUACAACCAAUAAAGGGCUCCUGGUUUUCCACA